AUGAGCACCAUUGAGUUCUGUGAAAAGGUGAUGCCCAAGGGAGAGGUCAACGAGAUUCCAGAGAAUGUGUAUGACCUCGGCCUCUAUGGCAACAUCUCAGCGGUCUUGGGCGACAAGGCUCUCCUGUGGUUGCUUCCCGUGAAUGGGCCUCCGGGCGAUGGCUUGACCUUUCUUUCGGCCACCGAGAAAGUGGCCUAUGAUGACUUGGAGGCAACGAAGACUGUGCUGCGAAAAGGCAACAAAGGGAGGUGUGUGCUGAGAGACGACUCAGAGACGACGGUCGACAUGCGAGAAAAGGAGGUGGACACUGACCAUGCCACUCUCAUCAGCUUUCCUUCCCGUAUCAAAAAUCCUGCCGAGUUCCUGCACAGCCUCGCGGGUGGCGAUGUCGCGAUGUCGCGGCCGGUGAUUUUCGAAUAUGACCCAGACCUUUUUCCUGUGUCCUUGGCGGACAUCGCUGAAGAUGGACCGUCGGGUGUGAUAGCGCUUGAGGCCUCUGCUCCCUUGGAGCCGCAGCUGGGAGGUCCAUGUGGCAUCCUGGACCCGGUACCGCCGCCCCCGCCGCUGCCACCCCUUGAGCCCCGCGCGCCAAAGCCGCCCGCGCAGCUCAACCAGGUGGGCAAGGCCAAAGUUCGCCGGGCGGUGAAGCAGGCAGCCUCGCUCGAUGACUUAGCCGAGAUCGAGCAAGCCUUGGACUCGGGUAGGAUUUCGGACGCUUUGGCUUCCCGGCUAAAGCUGGGCCCAGAGGAUUUCGUGGCCAGGUCAGAAGAACCUGCAGAGCUGCCCCUGGGAGCGCAGGUCUUGACGCCUGGAGGCCUGGAGAAAGUUCGGACCUUCAUCCAACAUGCCACCGACAUGGAGAAGUUGGCAGAGGUCGACAAGGCAUUGCAGGCGGGCGAUGUGUAUCGCCUGCAGGUGAUGCUGAACCUCCAGCCGCAGGACAUCCGGCGUCCAGGCGAAGAAGAGAAGGAGAAGGAGGACGAGGACUACGACCCCUUCGCCACCGCACCCGCCGGGGUCCACACCGGUGUCUCGUAUCCUGUGGUACAAGUCAGCUUCGAAAGAUGGAUGGUCGACCGAAACUACGAAAUGCCGAAGCUCGGCGUCAAGGUCGUGCUUCAAGCCCUCAUCAUCACGGUUGGUGUCAUCAUCGUGGCAUACUGGAGUCUGUUGCUGACUUUGUUGCUGUCGCUGCAGUUCAUUCCAGACAAAAUCAGCUGGGUCUACUUCAUGUCCGCCUUCGAGCUGUGCAAAAUGCUCUGUCCAUCUUUGCUGGUAUUCCGAGAAGCUAGUCGUAGCACCGCCAUCCAGCUUAUUAACUUGCGGCAGUGGCAUUCCAACUCCAUGCCGGAUGGGCUUUGCAUCAGGCCUAUGUAUCGCAUCAUGAUCAUAGCUGUGGCGAUUGCUAGCACUCAUUUGAAAACAAAAUCGGACGUGUGUGCUGCUUGCGAUCAUCCCUGCCUUAUUUCGAGUUUCCUGGAGACCAAUGAUGUGGUAUCCGGCCGCUUGGAAUUGGUCGCGGAGCAGGGCAACACGUCCGAGCUCCGGUGCUUGGAUCAUAAUUUGAUCUUUGGCCGAUAA